AUGGAUGAAAGAAGCGGAAGAUCGAUACAAAAGUGGUCAAAACCACCUGACGGACUUUAUAGGAAUAGAACCAUCAAAGAAAAGAAAAAGAAGAACGUCCUUCACUCCACAAGCACUGGAGUUGUUGAAUGCACAUUUCGAAAGGAAUACUCAUCCAUCAGGAACGGAAAUUACGGGUCUAGCACAUCAACUAGGGUACGAAAGAGAAGUCAUCCGAAUUUGGUUUUGCAACAAAAGGCAAGCUCUGAAAAAUACAGUGAGGAUGAUGUCGAAAGGAAUGGUGUAACCUUCUGAUUGGACUAAAACUUUGUAAAUAGGAUUUGAAGCUUGCGGAUGACCCGCAACUAGUUUUGUAAUAAGCGCUAUAAUUUAUUAUUUAUUUGAACAUAACAGCAACUAACUUUUGUUUUUUAAAUUGUAUAAAGCAUUCUAAAUAAAAGCCUCAGUCAUCAAAUAAACUCCGAACGGGUAUGAGUCAACUUGUUUAUUUUUCAGCUAAAACGUGAGACUUCUUCUGUAAAGACUUAACUGUACUGAAUCAAAAAACAAUGGCAGUGUUUAUACUGUAGAUAGCCAGAUGCUGAUAUAGCGUAUAGCUCCGCAUGUCCCGCGGUGCAAACGGACACAGAAAAGCAUCUUUGCACAGUGUUAUGUGGCUAUCUAAGCGCUUAGCUAUCGACAGUGUAAACUUGGCCAGUAUAUGAAAUGAUAAACAUAAUAGUCAAGUUGCAUUUACGCUAUUCUGCAUGACUGGGGCUCUACCGUUUUGGGAGGGUGGUAUGAACGUAUUUCAUUACAGGAAGGAAAGUGAUCAUACACAUCGCACGCCCAUGCUAAUGCGUGACGAAGAAAAUAGAACACCAAAAAUUAUUUCAUUUGAAUGAAAUUUUGUGUACAGCCAAACAUAAACAAGAGGGAGUAUGCUUCUGAGGAGGUGGCUUAUGUCGUCUCGAGGUAUCGCAUCCCAAGUUGACUGUAUUUGAUGCCGAAGGGCUGCUAACGUUGGUGGAAGGUAUGAUAAGCACAUGUUUGUCCCAUCUUCCCGUAUAAUAUAUCGCACUGGAGGAUGUAGAAGGCCAAGGAAGGAGCUUGAUUUUUCCGUUAUUAGUCUAAUGUAGCUGUAACGAAUAGCCGUUUGGAGAAAUGGUGAGAGAUCGGGUUCUAGUAUCUCCUGGACAAAUAGUUGCGCACUCGUUCCUUCUGUAAUCAAGUGGCAUCUCAAACAUGACUCCUACAGUAUGGUUCACGUUACGUUCAACUGAAAGCAUUACUUCAUGUGUUUUUCGGAAGCAGUCGUGCCUGUCCAUCAUGCAUCCCUUAAACAGAACUGAGACCGAGACAAUUGGUAAGAGCCAGUUACGCUUAAGAAUAAAGUGACUACUGGUUUCCAUUAGAGAAGGUACGAUGGCGCAAUGGUAUGUCGAGGGAAACGAGUAAAAACCCUAUUUUCUAUAUGGUAGAGCUAUAAUAGACGACAAAAUAGACAAUAGCGCUGAAGUCAGCCUCCUUUCUUAGCCUCCAAGAAAUCUCUUUCGACAUUGAACAUGUGUGAAAUAUGAUGGAAGCAGUGAUGGGCGUUUACGCCUAUAAUUUAAUUGUCUACGUUUCAUUGUAGUCAAUGUAAACAAUACGUAUACAGUAUAAUAUACAAUGGUGAAGGCAUUGUGUAUGCAAUAUUUCACAAGUAUCCAUCAUGCUUUGACGUCUACUGAGCUGAAAAGCAUCAACUUGUGACAUUGGCUAUAAUGAAUCGGGUGUAAAUCUAGCAAAACAUUGAUUGUAGCGUCUUGUUUUUUAUAUGCAGAUGAACUUUUAUAAAUAGAACAGCUUUUAGCAAAUACAAAAUGAAUCUGUAGCCGAUAAAAAAAGCAGAACAAAAUAUGGCUCUGUCUACCUGGGAUUGACGGAUCCGUCAGUAUUAUGUGUCCUUUAUCGAUAUGGGGAAUUUUGAAAUAUUUCUAGAUAACCAGCUGUCAUUCUACCAUGAUGGAUACCCGUGAAAUAGGGUAUAGAAUAGCAUAAGUGAGGUUAGGUUUACUUGCAGACGUCAAAAGAUUGGUUAGCCGCGGCAACAAUAAAAACAAUACGGUUGGGCGCAAUGAAAAUGAUGAAACAGGGUUGAUUUUGUUCAAAGAUGGCAAACAUGUCCUUAAAUCGCCCAAGUAAGUUACAUUUAGUCAUAUCGUAAUAUACGAUAUUGAAGCGCUAUUUUACCAUUUUAACUUAUAAUAAAACCUUUUGUAUUUUGGGAUGCGGUGGAAAUAGAUCACCACCGUAAAUUAGUCGGACUUGCUCUGAAGUCAUUCCAGGUUCAUCAUCACAGGUCGAAAUAAUGCUUGACCUCAUGAUUGACCAAUAGCGGUCUUGCCAAUCUUAAUACUGACGAUGCCGACGACGCUUAAUGAAAUCACUCAAAUGGGCGAAUUUUGUUUCCAGAAUGUACCUAUUUUUUAGAAAUGUUUAUUUAUUUGAAACUAUAACUUUGUAUACAUAGGUGAUGAAUUACUAUGUGUAUACCUUUCCUGAUUAUUUAAAAAUCAUGUUACAUCUAUGCAAGCGAUCUAAUUGAACUAUUUUUUGUUAUUAUAUACAUUGUCUACAUUGUUUGCGUUGUCUACAUGAAUAUCAAGACAUACACGUAAACAAUCGUGAACAUUACAUGACUUAUAAAAUGCGCCCAUCACUGAAUGGGAGGACAAGUGGCCCCUUUUUUAAUCUUCCACAAAUGGUAAUGGCUUUUGGCAUACAAAGCACAACUAGGUUGGCGUGAGACACCAUCAGAAAAUAUCACGUCAGAAGCACGGAAAAAUUCUCACGACUUUGGGUGACCCAGUACAUUGUUAGAGAAAUCUAGCCAUACAGCAAGUGUUUUCACUUCGAAAUUUAAUCCUUCCUAUUGUUCAUACCUAAGUGUUUGCAACUUAAUCAGAUGAAAUAAUUUUAGUGGGUGUUCUGCUUUCUUACUCCUUCCUAUCUUAUUGUGAAGAUUCCCAAUAAUUGGAAGGAUGUAUGUGGAAAUAAUCGUGCAGCCUGUUUGAUGUAAAUGAAUUUGAGUACGGCACUGACUUUUAUCAGAUUCAUCAUUGCCAUCAGCCAGGGUCGUCUUAAGCUAUGUGUGGACCCCUGCUCGCAGGAUUCUCGGAGCUUGUGCCUGGAGGGGUCCCAGGCCAGUGCAAAGUCUGGGGCAAUAUUUUGCCGUUGGGAGAGGGGGGCGGUGUCGGUAGCCAAGUGGCUGGCGCGCCGAGCUAGCAAUCGGUCGUCGGUCGAUCUGACGCUUGCGGAUUGUAUUCCCUGCCUCGGAAGCUAAUUCCGAGCCAUGGAUGAUGUGUUGUGUGUUAUAUUAUCUGAUUAGCGUCAGGGGAGAUUUUUCAAUUUCGUUUAAUUUUUUCCCAUAUGCCAACAGUAGAGUCCCAGUUCAUAGAUGCAUCUGACUGAUCAGCUGUUUACCCGAAAAGAUGUCAAAAGGUGCCGAAGUACCGUGGAAAACAAAAGCUGCGAGAUUGAGACAUGCAUUCGUCUUAUCCUUGUCAGAAAAAAUUGCAACAAGCACGUAUUGCCAAGAAGUUUAGUUGUCAUAUCAAAACGUGGGCCACUUUAGUUAGGCGAUCUGUUCUGCUUUUCACUUCAGUCUUCUAUCUAAGUGAAAAUGACUACUUUCCUUGUCUGCCAAAAUAUUUUACAUAUCUAAAAAAUGAUGUAUACGAUAUCCGGAUAUUUAUUACCGACAAAUGUAUCAUAAGCAUCCAGUUAUCUACUGUAUCAGUUGAACCACAAAAAUAAAUGCUGGUUUUGCAUAAGCAUAAGAGCUAAAUCUUAUCAUCUUCAAGAUCAAUCUUGUUAUGCUUAUGACAACGGCUUAUGACUAUGAUUAAGACAAGUUGUGUAAACCCACUCAUAUCCAUUUCAAUACUCUUGUCUAUAUGCCAUAAGACAAAAUCAAAUCGUUCGAAAUCGGUUAUUGAUAUUUUUAAACAACUGAAUUUAAAAAUUGCGAUCCAGCUCUUGCCAAUUUAUUACAAUAAAGUUCUGUUACAGCAUUCAUCCAGGUAUUCCACAAAAAA